AUGGCCUCGAGAAUGCAACCUUUCAGCAAGCUUGUGCCUGAGCUGGAAUUGGCACUUAAGUCUUUCCAAAGUUCAGGCUCAAAAUUUCGUCUUCUAAAGACAGUGCAUCCGAGCCAUGAAUUUCCGCAAGAGCCAAAGACAGCACAUCGAGAUGAGUCUCCCAGAACGCUUUUCAUCCUGGAUUCCUCCUUCAAUCCACCUUCUAUAGCACAUCGGACGCUGGCUCAAUCUGCAUUGCAUCGAUCAUCAGCAAGCCAGUAUGCCAAACCUCAUCGGCUACUUCUCCUGUUCGCAGUCAUGAACGCAGACAAGGCACCAAGUCCAGCCUCGUUCGAACAACGACUAUCCAUGAUGACCGUCUUUGCCCGAGAUCUCCUGGACAGUUCAUCGCGAGAAAGCGACAUCGAUCCUGUUCCUGUUGAUAUCGGAGUCACCACCGCACCAUACUAUACCGACAAAUCUCGUGCAAUAGAGACCGAGGGCUUGGAAUGGUAUCCGGACAACCCCCAUCAUAUCCACCUCGUAGGCUUUGAUACAUUGACUCGCUUCUUCGCGGCAAAGUACUACAAGGAUAAAUUCGAUCCUCCUUUCUCCGCUUUGAAUCCUUACUUUGAUGCCGGACAUCGAUUGCGUGUUACACUGAGACCUGAUGAUGAGUAUGGAAGUGUCGAGGAGCAGAGAGCCUUUGCUGCAAAGCUUGGAAAUGGUGACAUGGAGAAAGAUGGAGGCAAAAAAGAGUGGGCGCAGCAAGUCGAGCUUGUGCCGCCAAAUCCGAAGAUUGGCGUGAGUAGUACGAAGAUUCGCAAAGCAGCGAAGGCUGCCGAUUGGGAGACUGUAAAGAAGCUCUGCACGCCUGGAGUCGCGUCGUGGGUGCAGAAGCAGAGAUUUUAUGAGGAAGACGCCACUGGGGCAAAGAUGGCCUGA